UUUAUUCGUAAGAAAACACAUUUAUUUUUUAAUAAUAAUGUUUAAAACAAUUCGCACGUGUAUAAAUGGCACGUACAGUUUGUGCCGAUAUUCGCAACGAGUGGCGCAACCUCUCAGAAGUAAAAAACCGAAAUCCACCGGCGACACAGUGCAACAUUUUGUAGAUUUGAGACAAGUCAGAACUGUUGGAGGAAACGGAGGCGAUGGCUGCAUCUCGUUUUUGUCGCUUUGGAGCAACGAGAACGCCGGCCCUGAUGGAGGUGAUGGUGGAAACGGGGGUCACGUAAUCUUUGAAGCCUCUUCAGACAUAAAAGAUUUAAAUGCGGUGCCAUCAGUAAUCAAGGCGCCUCUGGGUGAGGAUGGAAUGAACAAAGAUUGCCAUGGAAAGAAUGCACAGCACCACAAAGUACCAGUACCAGUGGGCACAAUAAUAAAAAACAAAGAGGGCAAGGUUGUUGGGGACUUAUCAAAAGAAGGACUGGCAUUUGUGGCUGCAAGGGGAGGAGCUGGUGGUAAGGGCAAUCACUUCUUCAUGUCGGACACAGAGCAAGCCCCGAAAGUGGCUGAGUUUGGGGCACAGGGAGAAGACUUGGAGUACACUUUGGAAAUUAGAAGUAUGGCACAUGUGGGAUUGAUCGGUUUUCCUAAUGCUGGUAAAAGUACUUUGUUGAGGGCUAUAUCAAGAGCCAGACCUAAAGUUGCCCCUUAUCCUUUUACAACACUAAAACCUCACAUAGGAAUGGUGCAGUAUGAUGAUUAUGAACAAAUAGCAGUUGCUGAUUUGCCAGGACUAAUACCAGACUCUCAUAAAAAUAAAGGACUAGGAAUACAGUUCUUAAAGCAUGCAGAAAGAUGUAUGGCCCUACUGUAUAUUUUAGACAUGUCCCUACCUGAACCUUGGAAAACUUUAAAAACUCUCAAGUAUGAACUUUCUCAGUUUAAUGACAAACUUCAUGAGAGGCCACAAAUUGUAAUAGCUAAUAAAAUGGACUUAGAAGAUGCUGAGGAAAAUUUAGAAAUUUUAAGACAAAAAACUAAUGACGUAAUUAUUCCUAUUAGUGCCAAAUUAGGUACAAAUAUAAAAGACUUGUUACAUCAAGUAAGAAUAUUGUAUGAUGAACAAUAUGUUGAUGAAAAAAAUAAAUAGCUUUUAACUUGAAUAAAACACUUAUUCAUAUAUAAAAAGAUUUUAUUGCAGCUAUAAAUAAAUA